AUGUCUCACGAAGGUGAAGAAGAACUCCUCGACUAUUCCGACACUGAAGAAGUCGUCAACGUCCCAGCUCCCGAGGUUGCUUCUACCGAAGCAGCUGCUGCUGGCGUCAACGUCAAGCAGGAGGACGGUGACAAGAAGGGUUCCUAUGUUGGUAUCCACUCUACUGGUUUCCGUGAUUUCUUGCUGAAGCCUGAGUUGCUCAGAGCUAUUGUCGAUUCUGGUUUCGAGCAUCCUUCUGAAGGUAAUUACAAAAUUUAA